GCUCGCUCCCGGGUGUGUGUCGGUGCGCGCCCCUAGCGGGCUGGCCGGGCUCAGUGACAGACAUGGCGGCGGAUCCGAGCCCGGACUGGCUGAGCUCUCUGCCCGACUCCUGGGGCUUCGGCAUCACGCAGGGCGGCAGAGUCUUCUUUAUCAAUGAAGAGGCGAAGAGCACAACGUGGCUGCACCCGGUCACCGGGGAGGCGAUUCUCACCGGUCACAGGAAGACCCCAGAUUUGCCCACGGGGUGGGAGGAAGGAUUCACGUUCGAAGGCGCCAGAUACUACAUCAAUCACAAUGAGCGGAAAGUAACGUGCAGACACCCGGUGACCGGGCAGCCAUCGCAGGAUAACUGCAUCUUCGUGGUGAACGAUCAGGCGUCUUGCACGAUGGCUUCUCAGGAAAAGAAGGACCGGACCGUGAGCAUGACGAGCGAGACCUCGAGCGGCAACCCCGCGGGUCACCCCACCAGCCCCAUCACCAGGUCCUCCAGAACGUCGGGGAAACUGCAUAACUUUGGCAAGCGGUCAAACUCCAUAAAGCGCAAUCCAAAUGCGCCGGUGACCAUGCGCAGCUGGCUGUACAAGAAGGCAAACUCUGGGAUGAAGCUGUGGAAGAAGCGCUGGUUCGUGCUGUCGGACUUGUGCCUGUUUUACUACAGAGAUGAGAAAGAAGAGGGCGUCCUGGGGAGCAUCCUCCUGCCGAGCUUCAAGAUCUCGCCCAUAACGGCGGACGAUCACAUUAACCGCGUAUACGCCUUUAAGGCGGCCCACCCAAACAUGAGGACCUACUACUUCUGCACAGACACCGGCAGAGAGAUGGAGCUGUGGAUGAAAGCCAUGACCGACGCAUCUCUCGUCCACACGGAGCCGACAAAGAGGAUAGAAGUGGCGGCGUUUGAAAACGUGGCACCCCAAGAAAGCAACCACGUUCCAAACCACAGACUGUUAAUCCGACCCGAGACGAAUAACAACCAGAGAAACAGCGAGGUCAGCAAAGUGGAGGAGAAGAGAGCGCGCGAGGCCGAGAGGUACGGCUUCCAGAAAGACGGGCAGGAGCGCCCCUUAACUAAAAUAAACAGCGCGCGGCAGCAGCCCGGCGACUACGAGCUCCCGGCAGCGAGUGCUGCGCGCUAUCGAUCCGCGCACAUCAACGGACCUGACGAUAGAUACAUCGAAACCCAGGGCCACGCUUCCGAGACGGACUCAGCCAAUCAGCACAGAGCUCCCGGCGCCCACAUGGAGCCCGAAAGAGUAAUCCAAAGAACCAACUCUAUGUUACAGCUGGAGCAGUGGAUCCGGAGUCAGAGAGAGAAGAGCCCGGAGGAGGACGGUAGAGGUGUGAUGUCCUAUCAGACGCUGCCCAGAAAUAUGCCAAGCUACCGGGCCCACGUCGUGCCCCGCUACCCGGAGGGAUACAGGACGUUGCCUCGGAACCCAAAGUCUCGGCCCGAGAGCCUGUGCAGCACCGCGGGAGCCGGAUACGAGCGGACCGCGGGGCCUCCGUGUGCCGGCACGGAAGAGAAGCGGCGCUCGAUUCGGGACGACACGAUGUGGCAGCUGUACGAGUGGCAGCAGAGACAGUUCUACAAUAAACAGACCACCCUCCGGCGCCAUUCAUCGCUCAACAGCCCGAAAACCAUGAUCCACAUUUCCGAGCAGACUCUGCAUUCUGUUCCUCUGUCCCCGUCCCACGGCUCCAUAUCUGGAUAUCACACGUACUCCCCUCACCGGGCUUACAGAUCCGAGGUGUCCUCUCCCGUUCAGAGAGGAGACCUCACCAUAGAUCGCCGCCAGAAGACCCUCCCCAACAAGCUCACCUUCCACCCCGACCGAAGGUCCAUGCCAGCGGGAUUAUCUCUGCAGCCCGUUUCACCGCAGGGCCUACACGACAAAACGCCGGAGGAACUCACGCUGCUUCUCAUCAAGCUGCGCAGACAGCAGGCAGAGCUCGGCACUGUACGGGAACACACGUUAGCGCAACUCCUGCGGCUCAAGCAGCUGUGCAGCCCAAAGGAUGAGAUCCUUUCACAUCAUCUUCAAAGGAACCUCAUCUAUGUGGAUUAUCAGAUGAAGGAGAACGAGCCGUUAAUCACCCUGGUUCACAGCAUGAUCGAGAACUCUGCGCUUAGACCGCAACUGUUCCAGCAAAUGGCCCAAGAAGAUUGCCGGGCGCCCUAUAAAUGCCGGACGGAGGAGGCCGACGUGGAUGCCAAACUCAGCAGGUUAUGUGAACAGGACAAGGUGGUCCAAGCUCUGGAGCAGAAGCUGCAGCAGUUGCACCAGGAGAAGCACACGCUGGAGCAAGCCCUGCUGUCGGCCAGCCAGGAGAUAGAGAUGAAGGCAGAGAAUCCGGCGGCCGUGCAGAGCGUGCUGCUGCAGAGGGACGACUUACAGAACGGGCUCCUCAGCACGUGCCGGGAGGUGUCGCGCGCCACCGCGGAGCUGGAGAGAGCGUGGCGGGACUACGACCGGUUAGAGAGGGACGUGACCACGGCCAGGAAGCAAAUGCGGGAUCAGCUGGAUCGGCUUGGCGAGGUUCAGACGGAAUCAGCCGGCAUCCAGCGAGCGCAAAUGCAGAAAGAGAUCUGGCGGAUUCAGGAUGUCAUGGAGGGAUUGAGCAAACACAAGGAGCAGAGAGAGGCCGACGCGGGUAACUCCGACUCCAAACCGGCGACUUCUGGGAAGAAUCCGAUCGAGGAGAAGGAAGCUGCCCCACCGCGUCCUCCGCUUCCUCGGUCCUACGACUUCUCCGAACAACCUCCCACAAUCCCCCUCCUGCCCGGUGAUGGCGGCUCCUACCCGCCGGGUCCCGGCAGGGGCCCCGUACGCCUUCCGGACGAGAAGACCACUCACCACGUCCAAAUCUAUCAAAGGAACGGCUCGUAUUGUGGUCCUGAUUACCGGCUUUACAAGAGCGAGCCGGAGCUGACCACCGUGGCCGAAGUGGACGAGUCAAACGGUGAAGACCGGGCCGACGCUUCCCUGGAUAUGGAGAACGGGGGAGGCAAAGGUCCCCACUUCCCGGUCGGUGUCGUUCCUCCACGAGCCAAGUCACCUCCUCCUCUGGAGUCCACAACCAUCGCUUCGUACGUCACCCUAAGAAAGAACCGCAAGCCGGAGUACAAAUCGGAGCGCCCGAGGAGCGCGGUGGAGCACCUGUGUAUCGCCGAGAGCCCUCGGCCCAGAAUGACCGUAGAGGAGCAACUCGAGAGAAUGAGACGCCACCAGCAGGCGUGCCUCAAAGAGAAGAAAAGGGGGUUCAGCUUUUUAGGGGCCACAGAGCAGUCGCCUUCCCAGAGCCCGGCCUUCUCCAGGGAAAGCUCCUCACAGGCGUCGCUGAUCCGAAAGCGGGAGGAAAAACUGUGCAGCGAUAUGAAGGACUUGGAGAGCGCGGCGCACGAGGCGGCUGAUCAGCAGCAGCGAGAAACUCCAGCUCAAGAAAUUACCCGGCUGAAGGAAGCGGCCGACAAACGGCCCCCCGACAGGCAGGAAGGAGAUCUCUCAGAGACGUUUCUGGAUACCAAAGAGGAGAGAAGAAAGGAUGUCGCUGGUGACGGUGACCUUGGUGACAAGAUAAAGGCGCCCGUUCCAAAUUGCUCGGAAAGCGCUAAUCACCAGAGCAACUCUGAGCGGAGGCUCGCCGCAGGCCAGGAAUGCGCAGGAAUCCUCUUCUCGUACGAGUUCCCUGCAGACACUUUACGGAGACACGCGGAGUUAGAAGGAAACCUCUCUUCUCUCCCAGAACAUCCCACGUUAGCGGCUCCGGUUCCUCAGACGCAGCUCACGGAAACCUCCCACUUCAUGUGUGUGUAGGCGCCAGCGCCUGAUUUUACUGAUCCGAACACCAGAAUGGGAAGUCGAAGGGCCCAUCGCGGACGACCGUUCCAAGAAUGGCGCGGAGGCUGCGUCCGCUGGCCGCUUGCUGCUAUGGUUUUCUUGCACAUGAAGAUAUUUUUCGAGCCAAAAUCUGAGUUUAUUUGCUGAGAAUCUUCCUUUGAUCGCAGUGUUUAUUCACAAGCUUCCCGCGUCCGUCUUACAUUCCCACGAUGAACACUUUGGGCACUAAAAUCUAUUAUUUUCCACUCUAUUUGUAAAAAUAUAUAUUUAUAUUUAAAAUGUGCCAUUUUAUUGUAGGAUAUUCUGUUUUUCAUUCUGCAGCGUGAAGCGGUUACUGCCGCAGCUUUCACAAACCAUACAGAAAAAGUCUAUGAAAUUCUUCCAGGCGGGUUUGUAGAGCAAUAACGGCGCUCGAGCCGGCGGUUCCUCGCGUCCGGAUGUGACGGCGCUCGAGUCGGCGGGUCGUCCGGAUGUGACGUCGCUCAAGCCGGCGGGUCCGUCGCGUACGGAUGUGACGUCGCUCGAGUCGGCGGGUCCGGAUGUGACGGCGCUCAAGCCGGCGGGUCCGUCGCGUACGGAUGUGACGUCGCUCGAGCCGCUGGGUCUCUGGUGUACAGAUGUGACCGCACUCGAGCUGGCGGGUCCGUUGCGUACAGAUGUGACGGCGCUCGAGCUGGCGGGUCCGUCGCGUACGGAUGUGACGGCGCUCGAGCUGGCGGGGCUCUGGCGUAAUUAGAUGUAAUUACAGAUCUUGUGUACGCUGCAGACGACGUGCGCGAGAAAUUAAAACCUUCACAUCUCGUCUUUUAUAAGAAGCCAAAUAAAUGUUUCAAAUGAGUCACUUUC